UUCAUUCACAGUUCAUUCAUUCUACAACUCAUUCAUUUACCAUCCCAUCUGUCAGUUUUUGUUGUGAGAUUGAACCGUCACUUGUGAAGUUUACAAAAUGGUUGGUCUCGAUGCUGAUAUGAACCGGGAUGACGACUGUGACAAUAUAGGGCUGGGAUGUGCUCUGGAGCACUUUUCCGAGGUGGAGGAAGUGUUGAACAUGAUAGACAAUGUGAAAACUAUCUAUAACACUCCAGCUGUGGAAGUAGAAUAUGAAAAACUCUACGGUAUUCUGAAACAGUAUUAUGAGCAGCCUCAUUUACUUGAUCCCCACUUGGAUAAAAUAUUGUCCAGGUUUCUUGGCUUGAUAAAGGACAAGGAGUCGCCAAUGGAAUUAAAACAUGCUACUUUCAAUUAUAUGUAUCAAAUUAUUAGAAUUAGAGGAUACAAAAUAGUCAUCAGGCAUCUGCCACAUGAGGUUUCAGAUCUGCUAACUGUCCUGGCACUGCUGGAAGUGCAGGAUCCCAAUGACAAGGAGUCCUGGCGCAGCAGAUUCGUGUUGCUGCUGUGGUUGUCUAUUGUUGUCAUCAUACCGUUUCACAUGAGCCGUUUAGAUGGCUUCACCCCAGGACAUGCUGGUACUUCUGAUGAAGGCACAUCUAAGAAGCUCACAGUUAUGGAAAGAAUCUUUAACAUAUGCAAAACAUAUGCACAAUGCAAGGACACCUGUGCUGAAGCCAGUGCUUUCUUAGCUUCCAAGUUUUUAACUAGAUCUGAUGUAAAAGAAUUAUAUAUGGCACCUUUCUUUGACUGGGCAUGUGAUUUACAUUCCAAUUUGCAAGAUGAAGGCAAAAUAUACUAUGGAGUUCUAGCAGCAGUUGCAGCGGUGCUGAAGCAUGGGAAGAGAGAUGAUUUACUGCCAUUCACACCUAAACUACUGCAGUGGGUGACUAAACAGAACUACCAACAACACAAAGCCAUGCUUGUCAGGAAAUAUGGUGUCAAAAUUGUGCAAAGAAUUGGUUUAACAUUCCUGCGUCCGCGCGUGGCGUCGUGGCGCUACACUCGUGGUUCACGGUCGUUGGCUGUGACGCUCGGAGCCAUGCCCGCUGCUGGUGACAACGAACCCGCUACCUCGCCGCCUGACGAUGAUGACCAGGAUAUACCGCAGGAGGUAGAAGAAGUAGUAGAACUUCUACUAUGUUCCCUCCGCGACGACGAUACGGUGGUACGAUGGUCAGCGGCGAAAGGUGUAGGCCGCGUGGGUGCGCGCCUGCCCGCGGCCGCGGCCGCCGACGUGGCCGACAGUGUGCUAGCGCUGUUCGCGCCCCACGAGCGGGACACCGCCUGGCACGGCGGCUGUAUGGCGUUGGCCGAGCUUGCCCGGCGCGGGCUGCUGUCGCCGGCGCAAGUGGGCGGCGCCAUGCGCGCGGUGGCGGCGGCGCUGCGGCGCGACGAGCCGCGCGCGGCUUGCGGCGGGGGCGGCGGGGGGCGCGCGGCAAGGGACUCGGCCUGCCACGCCGCCUGGGCCUUCGCCCGCGCCUACGACGCCGCCGCGCUCGCGCCCUACGCCACGACCCUCGCCAACGCCUUGAUUGCUACUGCGUGUUUUGAUCGAGAGAUAAAUUGUCGUCGCGCGGCUUCAGCGGCGUACCAAGAAAACGUAGGCAGACACGGCAUGUUCCCUCACGGCAUAGACGUCCUCACCAUUGCUGACUUCCAGUCCGUCGGGCCCAGGAACAACGCGUUCAUGGUUGUUGCCCCACUAGUGGCCAACUACCCUGAAUACACGCAACCUCUCAUUGACCACCUCGUCGAUCUCAAGGUCGAGCACUGGGACUGCGCCAUACGAGAACUGGCCGCUAAAGCUCUCAACAAACUCACUCACAAGUUACCGGAAUAUGUGGCGACCGUGGUGCUUCCAAAGUUAGUGAGCAAGACUGAAUCGAUAGAUCUUAACGUGCGACACGGCGCCAUACUGGGCAUAGGAGAGGCUAUCUUGGCACUUUCACAGACUGAACUGGCCGAUGGCAAGAAGGCAGACUCGUUGAUUGCGGAGGAGGUAUCGGUGGCGGUGCGGGACUUAGUGCGGCGGCUGCGGUGUCGGCAACAGUUCCGCGGGCUGGGCGGCGAGCUGAUGCGGCAGGCGUGCUGCCACUGCAUCGCUGCGCUCGCGCAGGCCGCCGCGCCCUACCACCAACACCCAGUCAUAGACGACUGGCUGAAUCUAAUAGAAGAAUGUCUCUCCCACGACGUGCAAGCUAUCCGAGAGAAGGCAAUUCACGCUCUACCUCUGGUAUUCGAGCAGUAUUUACGCGACGAUAACCUGAAGUAUGGUGACGAGACUGCGAAGGAGAAGCGAAUGCGUCUGAUGGACAAGUACUGUGAACAGCUGAGCAACGGGGGUGUCAAUGGCCUCGUGCUGAGGAUGGGAUAUGCCCGGGCUGUUGGUGCCUUACCAAAAUACAUCUUAGCGGAACAUCUCCCAACCGUCAUCCAAUCUCUGAUCGACUGCACCAAAGUGACAGAAUCGACCCAGAAGUGGGCGGAAGCUCGCCGCGAUGCGGUUGUGGGUUUGACUGAAGUAUGUAUGACUAUGGGCAUUGUUGGCGGCGUGGAGAAAUACAUAGGGGAGAUUAUAGACGCCUUACUGGACUGUCUCUCUGAAUAUACUAUCGAUAUGAGAGGAGACAUCGGUGCGUGGGUCCGGGAGGCUAGUAUGACUGGGUUGAUGUCGGUGUGCCGUCAGUGCGCGGCGCAGGCCCCGCAUCUGAACACCCCGCAGGCGGUGCAGGGCGUGAUGCGCGGCGUGGCGCAGCAGGCUGUGGAGAAGAUCGACCGCACGCGCGCGCACGCCGGACGGAUCUUCACCGCGCUCCUCUACAAUGAUCCGCCUAUCGCGAACAUUCCAAAUCACGACGCUUUAAAGCGGAUCUUCCCUUCUGAAGAAGUGGAGCUGAAACAGAAGGAGGAAGAAGAGAGCGAGCAAGCGGCCAGCGAGACCUCCAACGUGGUGCUCUGGCUGUUCCCCGGGCACACUAUGCCGAGAUUCGUGCAGCUACUCUCGUUCCCCGCGUACAGAUACAACGUUGUCAAAGGGCUUAUAGUCAGUGGCGGCGAACUCACUGAAAGCUUGGUAAAACACACAAUGUCUUCCUUGUACGCUUACCUGAACAAUCUUCACAAUGACAAAGAAAUGCUGAAGUCCAUCUGUGACACUAUCAUCAAAGUGUUCGCUGACAACUUACAUGUCAAGAGGAUUACGGGGCCUAUAUUCAACUUCUUAGACAGAUUACUUAGUUCAGGCUCAAUAUCGCCAAUCUUAGAAGACCCAGAGUCAACAUUUCCAUUGGAUGUGCUGAAAUAUCUGCAAAUGGAACUGAGAGGAGCAAAGAAUAUUUAUAAGCUUUUAGACUCUAUUAACGUAUUAUGUCAACUAAUUCAGGUGGGUGGGCCGGUCUGCAGCAAGUCUCUGGGCCAGCUGGUGAUCUACCUGUGCUACGCCGACCGCUACGUGAGGCGCUGCGCCGCCGCCCGCCUGUACGAGGCGCUCACGCUCUAUGGAGACGUGUCUUCUGUACCCCAGGAUAACCUAGAUCAGGUGAUGACGGUGCUGGCGGAGACAGACUGGGAACGCGACGUGAGCGAGCUGCGGCCGCUACGGAACGACCUGUGCGACCUCAUGGACAUCAAGAGGCCUGUCAUGAAACAGAAACCCACAUAAACAUAUCUUUACCUCUUCUAAAACCUACUAUUGACUCUGCUAGAAGCAGACGCGCGCAAAGAAUUUUAUUAAUUUUAUUUUGCUGAUUUGUGCCUUAAUCGUGAAAUGAACUCUAUUUUAGUGCUAGCGCUAAUGUGAUACUAAUAUUCGAAUUCGCUUAUAUUUUAACGACUGUCGAUCAAUUUCGUGCCGGGUUAGGAAGCGGAUAUUUUAUUUAAAGGAUUAUGAAACUUCUAACGCAAAUGCAUUUAUGAUACUCAAUGUGGUAAUAUACGUAUUUAUUUAUUCUAA